ACUCUCGGCUUUCUCCCCUUCCUUUCUUUCUGCCCUUCACUUUUCCACCCCGCCUGGCUUCGCAUACGUCCCGUGAGCUGAUUGGCUGGCGUUUUCCCGCUUCCUUCUUCCCCUUUGACAACCCGCCAUUUUGAAACGUUGUUGCUUUUCUGAAAGGAAAGAAUCAGGCUGAACUCGCGCCUAGUCCCGCCCCGCCCGCCUUGCCUUUUUCGUCAGUCUCUGGGACUCUGCUCCCCCCCCCCCUGCGCCUGUGGGAGGCUUUUGUUUGCGGUCGCCGCCAUCCUCACGCUUAGGGGUCUCUCUGGCAAGCAGCAAUACCAGCCAUGACUUCUGUUUCUGAAAAAGAAGAUGUGCAAUCUGGUGAACAAAUAGAAGAGAAAGAACCUAAAACUGAAAAUACCGACGACGAUGAUGAUGAGGAAGAAGAAGAAGAGGAGAAAGAAAAGAGCCUCAUUGUUGAAGGAAAAAGAGAGAAGAAGAAAGUAGAAAGACUGACCAUGCAAGUGUCCUCAUUACAAAAGGAGCCUUUUACAAUUACACCAGGAAAGGGACAAAAACUCUGUGAAAUAGAAAGGAUACAGUACUUCUUAAGUAAGAAGAAAACAGAUGAACUUCGAAAUCUGCACAAACUUCUUUAUAAUAGACCAGGCACCGUUGCUUCAUUAAAGAAGAAUGUGGGACAGUUCAGUGGGUACCCAUUUGAAAAAGGAAGUGAUCAAUAUAAGAAAAAGGAAGAAAUGUUAAAAAAAUACAGAAAUGCUAUGCUGAAAAGUAUAUGCGAAGUUCUUGAUUUGGAAAGAUCGGGAGUUAAUAGUGAACUGAUAGCCAGAAUCUUAAACUUCUUGAUGCAUCCAAAGCCUUCAGGCAAGCCAUUACCAAAAUCCAAGAAAACACCCAGUAAAGGUGGUAAAAAAGAACGCAGUAGCUCUGGAACAGCAAGAAAAGCCAAACGCACCAAAUGCCCUGAGAUCCUGUCAGAUGAAUCUAGUAGUGAGGAAGAUAAAAAGAAGGAAAAAGAUGAAUCAUCUGAAGAAGAUAAAGAAAGUGAAGAGGAGAGACCUAAAAAAUCAACUAAAAAAGAAAAACCUAAGCAGAAGACAACUCCCAAAACCAAAAAGGGCUCAAAGAAUGCAAAUGUCAAGAAAGCAGAUAGCAGUACAACCAAGAAAAGUCAGAAUAGCUCCAAAAAAGAAAGUGAGUCUGAGGAUAGUUCAGAUGAUGAACCCUUAAUUAAAAAGUUGAAAAAGCCACCUACAGAUGAAGAUCUGAAGGAAACCGUGAAGAAGCUAUUAGCUAAUGCUAACUUAGAGGAAGUCACCAUGAAGCAGAUUUGUAAAAAGGUAUAUGAAAGCUAUCCCAGUUAUGACUUGUCUGACAGAAAAGACUUCAUCAAAGAGACAGUGAAAGAGCUCAUUUCGUGAUCUGAUGGGAAGAAAGAGAAGACAAGAUAUUUGUUCCCAUGGAGUUAAAUAUUUUGUACACACCAGCAAAAAUGUUGAUUUUUUGCCCUUUUUCUAUAACAUAGUGUUUUGUCAGGGAAGAUUCUACCAACUUAAUGUUCUGAGUGUUGAAACUGCUUUAACUUUUAAAAAUUGUAUUUAAUACAGUUCUUAGGUUUCUGCAUGGUGAUGAGUGUUCCUUGCUUUUACUUUGUACAUCAUGAAAUUUCUUUCAAUUUCUGUGAUAGCCGUUGUAAUUCUUAGUGCAUUGAAUGUUGAGAAUUUUUUUAAAAAAUCAAGUAACAUGAAAACUAUCAGCACAUACAUAUGUGGAGAUGAAUAUUGCAGUAUUGGGCAUUGUUUAUUUUGGAUACGUAUCGAUUCUCUUGAUUAAGAAUAAUUACAUUUCCUAAUUGCAAAUACUCUAAAUUAUCUUGCAUGUGUAUACAUCUGAGAACUCUCAAAGUAAUUGGCAAAUAGAUGUUAUUUUUGUACCUUUAUGACCUUUCCGUUGUAUAUAAGCUUGAUUCAGAUUUCUUCACAAAUUUUUUUUUAAAAUAAGUGUGUUAGAGAAUUUGACCAAUAUCAGUGUUCAGGAAUAAGUUGAGAUUAAUUAGGAAGCAAUUUUAACUACCACAUAAAAGUUUGCUUACCUUGAAAGGAAAUUCUGAUUGCACUCAUAUUUCUCAGUGUUAAAAUUGAUAGUGGGGAUUAUAAACCUUGUUCCAAAGGUUUGACAUUAGUACCCUGUAUGCAGAACCUUUGGGUAUAGGGGAAAACAUAUGGCUUUGACUUCUAAGAUAAAUAAUAAGCUUCCUUGAAGUGAUUAAAGUUUGAGAAACGGAUCAUGUUGAAUGGGUAUGUGAUCCACAGUUCUUGAAUAGAUGCAGUACAACUAGAAAACAAUUUCUAGAAAAACAAGCCGUUACAUAGGAAUAACUUUAUUAUGGUCCCUUAAUGUCUUGGUAGCCUUAGCUGGACAUUGCAGUAUUCUUGUCCAGAAUGAGGAUGUACUAUAAAUAGGAUAAAAUGCAUAACUGUUGCCUGUAGUGCUAAAUCUGUUUUUGUUAAAUAAUCUUUUUUUUCUAAAUUAAAACCUCAGUUCCAGAAAUAAAAAUGCAUUGAAGUGUAGACCAAUAAAUACUUGUUCACAACUUCUUGUUAUUAUGAAAAGGUACAUAACAUGAUCAUAAAUUAGUCCAACAAAUGCCAAACAAGUGUGUGUCAUAAUGUAAAAUGUAACCUCUCCAUGAUUGUAUUGAUUAUAAGUACUGCAGAUUUUUAAAUAUUGUAGUAAUGUGCAGUUGAUCAAAGCAUAGAUCUACAUUCUAAACAUACUAAGCCACUUAGUAACCUGAUUGAUCUCUACCAUUUUUACUACUUGCUGUGCAUGUAAUUCUUUAUAUUAAGGCAAAUGUAACUAAGUUUUGUAUUCAAUAAAUGUCUUUAAGGAAAGUGUAUAUUUUGACAUUUUAAUACAUGUACAGUAAAAUUUGAUAAAGAACCAAA